AGUUUAGAGUCAGUCUCAAGAAGUGCGCGGACGUGGCCUCCGUACGUCAUUGUUAGUUCCGUCGCGACGCUGGAACUUCUCCUCAUACACUCAGUUUGAUAUUGCGACUCCAUCUUAAUUUAACCGAUUUUGUGAAUACGAGUGGAAUUCGAUAUGUUUUGUGUCUUAUAAAUAAGGAUUUUAUUUUAUGUGUGAGAUCUAAUAGGAAAUGCCAUUUUGAUAUAAAACAAUGGAACUGUUUUUAAAGUUAGUUGUGGUGUUUUUAGUGUUGUGUUUAGUAAAUUUAUCGUACAGCGCUCGAUGGGCUCAUUCGGUGUAUCUGAAUCCCGAUUACCGGUUACUUUGGUCUUUAGGACCGAGUCCUUUAGAAAUCACUUUCGAAUUACAAGUAAAAACGAUGGGAUACGUCGGAUUCGGGUUCUCAAAAGACGGUAGAAUGGCCGGCUCCGAUAUGGUCAUCGGUUGGGUCGACCACAAACAAGUUCAUUUCCAGGACAGACAUGUUAAAGAUUCACCCGGAAGUGCGAUAGACAGAGAACCGGAAGUCGAUCCAAGUCAAGACUACCAACUACUUUUAGGUUAUGAAAAUAGUACCCAUACGGUGUUAAGAUUCAGAAGAAGACUGAACACGUGCGAUCAUCAUGAUAUUCCGAUUACGAACGACACGAUGAGAAUAAUAUGGGCGUACCAUAAAGACGAACCGGUAGGUGGCGCCGUGGGUCCAAAAUCCCUUCCUCAACACGAAAUAACAAACAGAGGAAGUCAAUCUUUGUAUUUAGUACAAAGGGCCGAUCAAGACGCACCUCGACCCGAAGAAACAGCUCGGAUUUGGGAAUUGAGGAAUCCUGCCAUAGAACCACCGCCUCCAGGAGAUUCCAUAUCUUGGUGUAGGAUUUUCAAGAUACCUACAAUCACCAGGAAGCAUCAUUUGAUAAGGUACGAACCUCUUCAGAGCAUCAACGGCGCAAGCGGUCUUCAUCAUCUCGUAUUAUACGAAUGUCAAGAUAAUAAUAUGAUAGAAAAAUUAGCUGAUACUCCGGGUAAUCGAUGCUACGACACCAAUUCCCAACCGUUUUCUUGUAAUACCGUCGUAGCGAGUUGGGCGAGAGGUUCCGAAGGAUUCAGUUUCCCACCGGAAGCUGGUUAUCCCAUAGAUCCCCAAAAUUCCAGGUACUACCUUCUGGAAACUCACUAUCAAACACCUUUAGAAGGAAGUGCGCGAGGUAUAGACGGUUCCGGUUUACGUUUGUAUUUCACUCCGGAGUUGAGGAGACACGACGCCGGUGUUAUUUCCAUCGGAAUGGAUCCGAAUUGGAGACAUAUCAUUCCGCCGGGUCAACAGAAAGUGAUUUCGUCGGGACAUUGCGUUUCGGCUUGCACCAAACAAGCUUUUCCUCGUAACGGUAUCAAUAUGUUCGCGAUUGUGAUGAAGACGCACAAAAUCGGCAAACAAGUCGUUUUAAAACAUAUCCGCGGUAAUAUCGAACAACCUCCUAUAGCUAGUGACGAUAAUUUAGAUUCGGAAUAUCAGGAAUAUAGAAAACUUGGGGCGCCGGUGCGUAUUUUACCGGGCGAUCAUUUAAUAACGCAGUGCACGUAUAAUAGUUCAGGUAGGAGCGCCAUAACUCUCGGCGGUCUGAAUAGUCGAGAGGAAACGUGUCUGGUUAUGGGGUUGUACUACCCCAAACAAAAAUCAUUAGCGGCUUGUCACAGUUUGCCAAGUCUACCUACCGUUUUACAUUCUUUGGGCAUCCAGGAACUUAGUCCUGGUUCGAAUCCUGUAAGGAUAACGGCUCCGCCGGAAUUAGCCGGCAUGACAUUAGAAAAUCGUUUGGUGUCAUACGAUUGGGACAAUCAAUUUCAAAGUUUUCAAGACGCUACCACGAAAGGUUCCUUCAAACCUUUAUGCUGGACUUGGCAAUCAACGCUAUUACCGGAUACGGAUAAGGAUUCCCACUAUCCUAAUAUAUCUCGUCCUUAUAUCAAACACGUGAUAGAUCAAUGUAAUUAUAGGAGAUAUAGUACGGAAGGUUGGCCGGGCGGUACGCCGAUCAUAGAACUCGACGGUAAUCAUAUAGAAGGUGCUGCUAGGAGUAAAGUGUCCAGAAGUAGUAGUCCCGUCGUUGAGGAAUCCCUUGGACUUAGCAGACUCAAUACAGCACCUGUAGUUAUUGUAAAUAGUGUUGUUAUAUUUCUCUCGGUAUUCCUAGUGUGGUUUAAUCGUUGAAGACGCGUACUAAAUUCGUUGAAAUUCUUUUCGUUUGAAAUAAUCUUUUCCUAAAAAACCCGACGUUUAUAUUGUGAAUUAUUUUUAUUCCAAGUCAUGUUUUUGCUAGUCCGAUCGGCCAGGUUCUGUUAGAUUGUCAUUAGGUGGAUUUUAAAUACAUAUACAUAUAUUUAUAGGUGUCUUAAAGGGUUAAAGUUGAUAAAAAUAAAAAAUUCUACUGAUACUUUUAUCGUUUUUUUAAAAAAAAAAACGUCGAUUGACUUCACAGUCGAUUAUUGCUUGUAAAUAACGAAGGUACGGCUCCCGUCCAUUAGCACUGAAAUAACAAGAAGCUCAAUGAAGAGGAAAAACGAAACAAUGACUAUAAAUUUACGUUUAAUCAACCGCAACCCAUUUUGGUGUUAAUCACUCAAACAGUCUGUCCCGAAUAUGUCAUGCCGAUGGGUUUGUUUUUUCUUUCUCUCUCUGUUAAUAGCUUUUUAAGCUCGACGAAACCGCGUUUAUCAAAAUUAUCGCAAUACAAUAAUCGUUUUUAUCUAAAUUUAUCAAAAAAAAAUUUUGGGUACUACCAGAAAUCUUCGUCUUUAUUUUUCGUACUUUUCGAGAAUCUGCAGGCUGAAUUAUCCGCGUCUUUGAGGAAACAGGACCCCGACAGGACUCUCGUUUAUAAUCCUAGAUUCGCUUAUUUUAAUCUAUGUUAAUGUUUAUUCUUUUCCGAAGCUUUCUUAUGGGAAAAAACGUGUUUUGGCAGCUUGCACGUUUCCAAAUAGGGUUUCCUUAACGAAUCCGUCAUCUAUAUCAUUUUCUUCCAUUCCAAUGUAUCCCGAAAUCCAUUGAGUAACUUUAUUUUACUUAUUUAGCUUGUUCAAGUAUUCCCAAACUCUAAUUUCUGGUUUAUGUUGCUCAGAGUGUCCGUUUUUGGGUCCCAGGUUUGAUCAUUUUUUUCUCUUACUGAACACACUGUUUACAACAAUAUUUUUGGUAUAAACAGUGUGUUCAUUAUGAUUAUCAACUUCUUUCUUUGAACCUUCUGCUUAUCCAAUCAAAAAAUCCUAAAAACAAGACGUUUGAUCAACGAAAACGUUUUUAUUUUGGUUCUGCAAUAAUCGCUGUCGUAUUUUGUAUCAGUAGAAAGUUUUUGGACGACUGAAACCCUUUAUUUAAUCGCUCUAAAGGUGCGGCUGAUUUGCCGGUUUGGACAAAAAUAUAUGCCGCGAAAGGUCUGUGAUGCAAGUAGAUAUAAGCACGUUUUUCAUAAUUUUUUUUUUUCUUUUUCGUUUAACAAAAGUUAUAUUUCGAUAUCCUACUGACUGCGCCAUAAUUUCAAAUGUACUCGCUAGGUGAAUAUUGAGGAUGUUGAAAUUACUUUCCACUAUAUAAUUGAGAUAUUGUUGUUAGUUGAAGUUUAUGAGUUUUCCCGAAUUUUUCCUUAUACCUGAUGAGAUAAGAAAAUUUCAAUUUUCUUACGGUAUAAAUUUUUUAUUACACCUCGUAGCCGAUGAUAGAAUGCGAAGUACGAAACUUUAUUUGUUAUUAAGUUUUUCGUAUUCGUUUCAGUCUUAUUUUUACAAAUUUGCUACGAGGUAUGAUCGAAAAUAUCACUAAUAAAAAAAAGGGACAUGGGGAAUAUGAAAAAGACAUCAAAUUAGAUAAAUUGAUAGCGAAAAAUAUUGAAGAAAGAGCAGUUAGGUAAGUAAAUCCUUUUUAAAAACGAAAAGAAUAAAUUUAUUUUUUCAAUUUGUAUUUAAAUCCGACGAUUGGAAAAAAUUGCAAAAAAGGAUGUAAUAGUUGACAAAAGUGACCGAUUUUGCUCGAUUUUUCCGCUUAAACGUUGCGUAAUAUUUCCCGUUGAUAGUUUUACUUUUUCCUUUAAAGUCAAUGAAAAUUAUUCCUAACAAUUUUCCAAACUUAUCAAGUCACGUCAAAUACUUUUAGAACCGUCCUCGUAUUAGUGAUAUUUUCAAUCAAACCUCGUAAAAAAAUUGUAUUUAUAUAAAUUAAGCAAAAUGUUUACUUAACACGUGUCCUUUAUAUUAUAUCUACUUCUUAUUCGUUACGAGGGGUAAUCAAAAACAACCUUAAGAAAAAAAUUGUUUCGUUAUCUCAUUACGUAUUAUCUUUGUUGUUAUAUAUUUUUUUGUAUUUAUGUGUAAAUUUGAUUAAACUCUAUUGUACAUUGUAUUAGUAGUCUGACUGGUGCUAUAUAUAGUUUAUCUUUUGUAAAUCCCCCCGUAUUUAAUUUAUUAUACAUAUAAUUUGUUGGAUAAGAACAAGGAAAAAAAAACAAUCUUCAUCUUGUACAGUGUAGAUAUCUUGUGUAAUAUAUUUUAUAAAUAAAUCUCGACGAUAAAUAAAUAUCUAGCAAUAAA